CCCGCCAUUGUAAGGAGAGAACAAUUGAUUACAGACCGAAUUAAGAAUAUAUUUUGAGACUAUAUUUUCCGUAUUCUUAUUCCGUUCUUGGUCCGCUAUUUGAUCGGGUUAAUCCCAUCAUUGGUGCUUUCAUUGAGAGUUAACUGUGAGACGAAAUUGUGAGAUUAUGGCCGGACGAAGGACUAGACGUAACACCGCCGCUUCCGCCCAGUCGACGGUGAGGAGUGACCAGCCUGAACAAGGCAUGAUUGUUCCAGUCAACGGGCUGGAAACAGUGUUGAAUAAUGUGGCUAACAUGAUGGCCAACAUUAUGGAGCGCUUAGAUCAGGCUCUUUCUGUUGGGAAAAAUAUUAUAGAUUUUGAUGAUGAUUUAUGUUAUGAUGAUUGGAAGAUCAUGAUGGAAGCACACCUUUACGCUCUACAUGAUUGCAUGUGGAUGGUGCUUGAGGAUGGACCCUUGAAAAUCCAAAUGGAGAAUCCUGAGAGGAAUCCAGCAACUCCAGACGUAGUCCAGUACAUUCCAAAGCCCAAGGAAAAAUGGGAUGAUAGAGAUUGCAAAAAGCACAAUCUGGAUAACGUCGCCAAAGCAGCCAUCUUCAAGACACUUGACCCCAUCACCUUCUCCAAAAUUAAGCACCUCAAGACUGCCAUGGAGAUAUGGCAAGGUCUUGGGAAGCUAUGUGAGGGUUCAGAGGACUUGAGAAAGCAGAAGAUAGAAGUCCUGCUUGAGAAGUUCAAAAGCUUCAAAAUGCUUCCCGGAGAAUCAUUUGAUAUGCUGGAUGAAAGAUUCCACAAAAUCUUGAAUGAUCUUGCAUCACUUAACCACGUUCUUUCUCCCAAAGAAAAGAAUGUAAGGUUGCUGAGAUCUCUUCCAACUGAGUGGUACACCAAAGCCACAGCCAUGGAAGAAGGAAGAAAUCUGGAGAACUACACUGUUCAAGGUCUUCUUGAUGAGCUCAGAACCUAUGAGCACGAGCUGAAGAAGAAGAAGGAAGAACAAGUCACUCCCUUCCCCACGGCACUGAUGACAACUCCAAGAGUCCCAUCAAGUGAAGGGACAUGCCCAAGGAACUGUGACACACCCUCCUCCAGCCAGCCGUCACGUUCAAAAAUGGAGAACUACGAUGAGGAAUUUGCCAUGAUGGUCAAGCAAUUCCGGAAGUUCAAAAAGUUCUUCAAGAAAGCUGACUCAGUCAGAAGGCCAUCCAAGGGAAAGCCACAGGUAAGUGACUCUCCUCCUGAAUCUUAUUUGUGUUACAAUUGCAGGAAGCCCGGCCACUGGAAGUCAGCGUGCCCGUACCCAAAAGUGGAGAAGUACAGAGAAAGAGAAAGGAACGAGAAGAAAAAGAAGGCAAUGGUUGUUGCUGAAAGUGACGAGUCAUCCAGCUCAAGCUCGGAUGAAGAAGCUCUCGUCUGCAUGGAGCGCAGAGCUGAAAAGUCCAACCAUGAGGAUAGGUGGACCAUGUCAGAAGAUGACACUCUCUGCCUAAUGGCCAAAGAUGAUGCUGAUCAAGAGGUGAAAUCCCUUAACAAAGAACUAGGGACUCUUAAGUCAAAAGAGGCAGUGGAUAAGCUUCUUGAAACGAACAAACAUAAGGGUCUUGAAGGACUUGGGUUUGACUCCUCUAGCUCUAAAAGGAAAGGGAAAACAACUUUCAUCCCUCCUAAACCUACUGCUAAACCAAAUAAGCAGAAAGGGAAGGAAAAGGAAAAACCAACAAAAGUUUCCAAAAAG